CAUGUUGAUGGAUGCAUGGGUGAAGAUCUUGGACAUGAAAACCUUCAUAAAUUAGCACAGCAACCUGCCAACAUCAAACCUACGGGAGGUAAGAUGGUUCUCUUUACCCUGAUGACCUGGUCAGUGUUGUUGCUGCAGUUUGAAGUUGGACAAAGCUUCCACAAACAUCAUGAAGAUCAUUACGUUGGACACCAGCACAACCCAGAACAUGACAUGAAUGUCCUGCUGGGAGAUGAGGACACUGAGGAGAUCAAGAAACUGAACCCAACAGAGCAGAAAAAAAAGAUGAUGCAAAUUGUAAAGAAGAUUGAUACAAAUGGUGACAACCUACUAAGCGCAGAGGAGAUUACUUUAUGGAUUCAGCACGUCUACAGAAAAUAUGCACUGGAUGAUGCAGAGGAGAGAUUCCCUGAGUUUGACACUGAUAAAGAUGGUGCUGUUACAUGGGAGGAAUACAACUUGGUUUCUCAUGGCCAGCUCUUUAGUUUUGAUGACAGCACUGAUCUGGAUGACACAGAGAAGGAGUCUCUCAGACAUCUUCAGAUGAAGGAGAGGAGGCGGUUUGAUUUUGCAGAUGUAGACGGCACACUGGGCCUCAAUGUAACCGAGUUUCUCGCCUUCACCCAUCCGUCAGAAGUGGACCACAUGGCUGAUUUUGCCAUCGAAGAUGUGUUGAGUGAAUAUGACUCAGAUAAAGAUGGAUUCAUCAGUCUAAGUGAAUUUAUUGGAGAUGUCCGUGGUGACGACGAUUCUCCCUCGCAGUGGGAGAUUGAAGAGACUGUACGGUUUAAAGACCUCUAUGAUCAAGAUAAAGAUGGCAAGUUAAAUCGAGACGAGCAGCUACGUUGGGUUGCUCCUAAUAGCUAUGGCUCUGCAAGAGAAGAGGCUCACCAUCUGAUCAAGGAAAUGGACCGUGAUGGUGAUGGACAGAUCUCAGAGGCUGAAGUUUUGAAAAAUCAAGACACAUUUAUGAACAGUGAAGUGACAGACUAUGGUCGACAGUUGCAUGUAUCCCAUGAUGAAUUAUAACUACAUAUAUCUUGAUGUGAUUGCAUUGUGUGGCACAUAUAUCUUGAUUAUGAAUGUAAUGUUGUAUAUUUCCUACAUUGUGCUUUAACAUUAGUCAUGCAACUGACGUCAAGUCUGAGUAGAAUGUCGCCAUGAUGAACUCUAUCUGAUAGUACAGUAUGUCUCCACAAUAAUGUGAAGACAUAGAUUGCAACACACAGAAGAAAGUGCUGUCACGAAUUGCAGUCUUCAAGAUGAUCACAAGUGUGUUAUUCUGCUGUUCUGAUAGAGCAACGGAAAAAUCUGAACAUCUGAAAUUUCACACAGUAAAACGUGCUGCAAUGCCAUUGUACUUACAGUUACACUGAAUGAGAGUCCUUGUAUUGCUCUAAUUCCUACUGCUGGAAGUAGAUCUGUUAACCACUUUGAAGGGUGAUUUUAACUGAAAAGGAUUUUGUGUAUGUCCAUGCUAAGAAUUCUGUAGCUACUUUUUUUAUCAGUGAAGUCACAGCUAUCCUCAUAGAUUUAUAACUGUGGUUUAAUUGUAGCUGUAUAUCAUUGGAAGGACUGUCAAAAAAAGGGCAUGAGUGUCUGUCCAGUUGUAGUUACUGCUAACUCAUUGUAGCUCUUCCUCAUUUAAAGCAAGUGAGUGAGUGUUCCCGUUUAAAAACUUGUUUCCUGAAUGUGUCAUGAACUGUUUCACUUGCACCGAGCACAGCCUGUUGCACCGCUAGGUGUAUAAAGUGACAUAGCACUGAGAGGGUGUUGUAAAGUGACUUAGUACUGAGAGUGUUAUAAAGUUAGUUUGGACUGGGAAGAUCGUCCAACAGGGACUUUUAAAAAAAAAACAAAAAAAAAACAUUCCAACAUGUCCUUACAGUUUAAAGAUGCAUUUUGGGUGAGUCUCUAUGAGUCUGUUAUUUGCCAGUUUUUUGUAAUGUUAGUUUUCAGAGUUAAGUUGUGAGUUUUUAUUGAGCUAUGAAUUAUUUGUUGCUAUACUUAUUGUUCACUGGAGGCAGAAACAAUCAUUUUAACCUUUCAAACACAUUGCUGUUUGUUUCUCUUUCUUUUUGUGCUGACAUUUAACAUAUUCCAGUAAUGUUCUGUUACUUACCUUUAACUGCACUUAGACUUAUCUUAUCUGUAGACUUCUCUUUUCUUUGUACCUUUUUACCUUGUACUUCGUAUGCCAAGAGUCACUGAUAUGUGCUGAAUUGUUUCUUCAUUAAAGCCUGAUUUUCUUACAUGAA